UGGAAUGAAGCUGGGUGCUUGGAGAGAGCAGGCUAGGGGAAGGGACUAUAUCUAAUCUGCCCUCCCUUUGGCUGAAGAUAAAGGCUAAGCUUGAAAUAAGUAGAGGUGACUUCCUAAUACAGAAGGGGUUACCAUAAGCCUAGUAUAACGUUUGCUGAAGAUGACCUUAGAGGAGAGACGCAAAGAAUACAUAAGGGACUAUGUUCCUCUGAGCACCAUCGUGUCAUGGAAGGAGGAGAUGAGGAGCAAGGGCCAAAAUGAUGAAGAAAAUACUCAGGAAACACCGCAAAUGAAGAAAAGUUUGAGUGAAAAGGUUUCUCUCUACAGGGGUGACAUCACAUUGCUAGAGGUGGACGCAAUAGUCAAUGCGGGUUCUAAAGCACUCUGAAGGAAGAUUGUAUACAACUGAUUGUUAUUCUUGGUGUAGUUUUGCACUGAAGUGACCAAUUUUAAGUAAAUGAGUCAGUAUGAAGUUUUAGUUUUUCUUCUAUUUGUCUAUUUUUAUUUUUUUAAGAGAAAAAUGGAAAUAUUAUAUUUUCUAUAUAAACAUCAAAUCUAAAGUUUGGUGACAUACUAUAUUUUCCCUUAUAUCUUAUUUAUAUAUUAUGGAUAAAUAUAUU